GUUCACGUAAUGAUGAUGAAGUAGGUUUUGGAGGAGGACCGACGGAUUUGUCCUUGUUAACGGAGUACGAUAAGCAUAUGGCUAUUCCGAUAUGGUAUGCAGACCCAAAUGACAAAGAGGAAUCAUGACGGACGACAAAGUUGGCCGAACAAGACGUGGCGGUGCAAGCAAAGCACAUAGCUCUGCACGUAGACAGGCUGCGGUCAAUGUAGAUAAAAUUCCAAGUCGAGCUAAAGGGAAAGCAGUUUCAACCACGAUGGAUGAGCCUCGACCGGAGGAUGCAGAAUCGCAAGAGGAGAAUGAAGACGUGGAAGAAAAUAUUUCUGAAGAAGGGGAAGAGGAAGGGGAGGAAGGGGAGGAAGGAGUGGAUGAGGAAGCGGAGGAAGCGGAUGAGGAAGCGGAUGAAGAGGGGGAUGAUGAUGGGGAAGAAGAAGUUGAUGAGGAAGCGGAAGAGGAAAUGGAGGAGGAAGAGGAGGCUGAACAACCACCACCAGAACCUAAAAAACCACGGAAAAAGGUUACACGAGUAACACAAGGAAGGAACCCACCACGAGUUAAACCACCACCAGUUACAUGUUAUGAUGGUGGUCCGUCUGACUUGUCUUUGUUGCCGGGAUUUGGAAAACAUGUUGCUGUACCGUUGUGGAAAGGAGAGCUCCAAUCCCGGUAUUUGAGGGUAAUGAACAACGGGAAAAAAAUCAACAAUUUCAAGAUAUGUCCGAAAGAGUACUCGUGGUUUUGGAAUGUCGUUAAUGCGUCCGGACUCGAAACUCUGCGGCGGACAAAUUACAAUCACACCGAUUGGGGUCUGUUGACGGCAUUUGCAGAGCGAUGGCAUCCUGAGACCGGAACUUUCCAUCUUCCUAUUGGUGAGAUGACUAUAACCUUGGACGACGUGUCCUCAUUGCUUCAUAUUCCGAUUACCGGAAAAAUGCUCGACCACAACGGAACGUCAUGUACAAAGGAAGAUGGUGAAGAGAUGUGCGUAGAGUAUCUGAACUUCCCUAUUAGUAAGUGCAAGAAAGAGUUUCAAAAAAUGAAAGGAGCACAUAUAGGGUUUAAGGCGUUGAAGGAUUUGUAUCUCGAUAAUUUGAAGGAUGCCUUGAAAGCUGAAAGGUUAAAGAAGCCUGCUGAAGAUGUGGAAUUCCUCAGGGAAUGCACCAUUAGAUGCUAUUUGCUCUACUUGAUCGGUGCAACCAUUUUCACCAACAAAAGUAUGCAGUACGUGGACGUCAUUUUUCUUACCUACUUGCGAGACCUCAGUUUAGUUAACACGUGGAAUUGGGGUGCUUCUGGGCUGGCAUAUCUGUACAACUACUUGGAUGCUGCAAGCCGCCCGAGAUGUGGAAAUCAUGGUGGUUAUAACUGUCUAUUUCAGGCCUGGAUUAUGGCGCAUUUCAAAACUUUUGGUGGACGUUUUGUUGAUGAGAGAUACACCCACGACAAUCCCUAUGCGGCAAGAUUUUUGCCUUUAAAAGGACCAAAAUUUCCAGGGCAGCAUACUUGGUCGAGCGGAUUUGAGGAAAGCGCUCGAUGGUCAACUCAAUUUGGCCGAUGCUUUGGUGGUUAUUGA